AUGCUGUUUCAACUGUACAUACUAAUAUUAUUCUUUUCAACAGAAAAAGCUUUAACGGCAUUGGCUGAAUUCACCGUUGAUCAAGUCUGUAUCAGUUUAUUCAAAACGGCAAAUGUGCUGAUUUGCUACCUUAGGGUGUUGGCGGCCACCGAAUUCAUUAGAAGACUGGUAUUUCUGGGCGAUUCUUACAGGAAAACCUGCUUAAAAAAGCGAGAUUGCAGUUUUGAAAUAAAGACCCGUGCGAAGGACGACAUAGAACUCGUCGUCGAGGAAGUGGUUUCAGAUAAGGAACUGAGCAUUGAGGGUAAGCUGUCGGCCAUUUACACCAUCAAGUCAAAGAUCAUAUCUAACAUCUUGUUCAACAACCAGAGGAUAGACGUUAUCACUUCACAGCUGCUUGAAAACGAGAAUCUAUCGUCACACAGCAAGCGCCCACAGUUAAAAGACUGCACAGAAGGGCCUACAAGCAUGAACCAAUAUAGAGCAGUUAACAAGGACUUGGAAGAAGUGUAUUCAAAGCUAAAGAAGUUCGAAACUGAGUACGAGUUGAAAAUUUGCUACAGAAAGUGCAAUGGGUUAGUUGACACACCCUAA